CUGUCUGACCACUUCCUCCUCCUCCGUCAAAACAAACAGCGUAUCGUGACAGAUCGUCAGCUAUAACAGAAAGCUUCACCGGUCUUUUUUCUCACCGCCGAUCUACCAAACCAAAGUGUCAGUGUGUCUCCUGUCCGUUAGACAGGCCGUCUCAAUGAAUCACAGAGGACACAAAACACCGCGGUCACCAUGGAUGCGUACGAUUUGUUUACGAGUUGCAAAAAAGGCGACAUCUGUCGAGUCAGAUACCUCGUUGAACAGAGAGAUGUUGACCUCAAUGUAAGAGAUAACUGGGACAGCACCCCUUUGUAUUAUGCUUGUCUCUGCGGUCACGAGGAGCUGGUCCAGUAUUUGUUGGCUAGUGGUGCCAAGUGUGAAGCCAACACGUUUGAUGGCGAACGGUGUAUGUACGGGUCCCUGACUGACUCUGUUCGACGCCUCCUCAAGGAUUAUAAAUGCGUCAGUGCACGUGCUAUGCAGCGAGAGGAUUUUAGCUACUUUCUGCACACGUUAUUGGAACAAGGUUACUACAGUGAUGUGACGUUCCUGGUUCAUGGACAGACAUUUCCAGCUCACCGCUGUGUCCUCAGUGUACGUUCAGCGUACUUUUCAGUGAUGUUUGAGACCAAAUGGAAAGGAAAGAAUUUGAUCACCCUCAAACACCCUCUGAUUAACCCUGCAGCCUUUGGUGCCAUUCUGCAGUAUUUCUAUACAGGACGUAUGGAUAUUGACGUUAGUCUUGUGGAGGACUGCAGACGACUCGCCAAACAGUGCAAAAUGGCAGAUCUCAUCGAUGAACUGGAGAAUAAAUGUAAACAGGUGUAUGAAUUUGUGUCCAACAAACCGGGAAUCUGUGUGAAAGUGUUGACCCUAGAGCCUCACAGCUGUCAGCUUCAGGAGGACAUGGCUCAGCUGGCGAAUUCUGCACUUCCCACGGAGCUGGAAGUUGGUUUUGGAGCACUUCCUUUUCACAGAACUGACAGUUUAAAUGUUUACCCUGAUAUCUGCUUCAGAGUCGAUGGUUACAAUUUCUUAUGCCAUAAGGUAUUUUUCUGUGGACGCAGCGAUUACUUCAGAGCCUUACUGGAGGAUCACUUCAGUGAGGGAGAGACGCUGCAGUCACAGCCCAGCACACCAGUGCUUACCCUGCACAACAUCUCACACGAAAUCUUUAUCCACAUCCUUUAUUACAUCUACAGCGACGACACAGAGUUAACCAUGGAGUGCGUGUUCGACGUGCUGUGUGUUGCUGACAUGUACUUGUUACCUGGCCUGAAGCGUCUGUGUGGGAAGACGCUCGCCAACGCUAUAAGCGAGGACAGCGUUCUGCACAUGAGGAAGAUGGCCAGACUCUUCCGACUCUCUCGGCUGGAGGAUCAGUGCACAGAGUUCAUGGCCAAAAUCAUUGAGCGCCUAGUGGAGAAGGCUGAGUUUGCUGAGAUGAUCAAAGAGGACGCCGCGUCAGUGGAGGAACGGCAGGAGACAGACUCCGUCCCACUGGUGGAUGACAUCCGUUACCACAUUUACAGUAACGUCCAGACGUACAGCGCCAUCGAGGAGGCCAGACAGAAGGUGGCUGCCUUAGAGGAGCUGCUGCUUAGCAUUAAUAUCGACUGCUAAGCUGAGCAUGAUUGUUAAGGAGACUCGCUAGGAGAGGGAACAUCUGACAUAAAAAAGUAAGAUGUAAAUAAGAAAAACAUAUAUGUAUGUUGGUAGGUUUGAUAUGCUACAAAAUGUGUUUUCAGAGAUGCUGGUAUUGAAGUGUUUCAAGGUUUUCAUGUGAGACACACCAAAUCAAAACAUAAAUCUUGGCUAUCAAGUAUGAAAUUUGUUGCAAGGUUUGUGAAAUUCAAGGUUUUUUUUUGUGUGUGCAUGUGUGUGUAAUUCUAUAUGAUAUAUCAACAACACAUGUAUGAAUUAUUUUAUGUUUAGGAACAUGUUGUUGAAGGUUAGAUGUGCUUUUAACCUACUUUAAAAUACAAAUCCCUCCCAAUAAGACUAGCACAGAUUUUAUACAAUUUAUGAAAUCACAAGAAAUGUUAUUUUUUAUGUUAAAUAAGGCCAAUUAAGUCAAUUUAAGAAAAAAGAAUGCUCACUCAGAACAUAUAUUUUUAAAGUUGUCCUUUUUUAAAAAACUGAACAUUUGCACGCAAAUACUUUGUUAUACAGUAACCCCUUGGUGUUUAUAAAAGUACUUCAUUAUAUUUAAAUGGUAUAUAAAUGUACCAUAUUUUAUAUGCACUGGCAGUUUAGCAGUGCAGCUUUUUCUUUUGGAUUGUUUUGUUGUACACUUUACUAGAAAGCCUCCCAAUAAGACAUAUAACAAUUCCUCUAGUGUGAACGUGAACAGAUGUUCUUACCCACCUCUAAAAUGUUACUGCACUUAUGCAGUCUAGAAUAUAAAGCUGCAAAGAAUCAUUCUUCCAAAGGUAAACAUGAUGAACUGGUGGCUUUUUUUUCCUUA